AUGAGCCUUACACUUGCUGGAUUACUGUUGUUCUCGCUAAUAGCUGCUGUUUUGGGCAUCCCCAUUGAUGAAGGCUCACAGUACUUAGUUAAAGGCCUUCCUGGUAUAUCGAAUAUACCCGAGUCUCUUAUUCCUACUAUGCACGCAGGCCAAUUGGACCUUUCCUCUGAAAACAACACGGGGCUCUUUUUUUGGAGGUUCAGUAAAGAGGAAACGGCUCCUACGGAUAGUUUGGUUAUUUGGCUUAAUGGAGGACCGGGAUGUUCGUCUAUGGAUGGUGCCAUGAUGGAGAUAGGUCCAUUUAGACCCGAUUCCAAGGACAGUUCGAAGUUGGCUUAUAACAACGGAACGUGGCUUGACUCUGCAGACUUAUUAUUUAUUGAUCAGCCUAUUGGAACGGGAUUUGCGUAUACAGAGGUCAAUUUUGACACGGAGUUAACUGAGGCUUCGCAGCAUAUAGUGGAAUUUUUGAAGGAGUACCUACGUCUAUUCCCUGGAGAUGCCACCAGGAAGGUGUGGAUUGCAGGGGAAUCUUAUGCGGGUCAAUACAUUCCAUAUUUUGCAGAUGCCAUAUUAAAGGAAGUAAAGAAAGAUGGUGGGUUUAAGAUGAAUAUCCAAGGUUUACUCAUUGGAAAUGGAUGGAUCGAGCCGGAUAUUCAAUCUCUUUCAUACGUCCCAUUUGCCAUGCAGCACAAUUUGAUAGAUAGUACGAAUCCUUUGAUGGCACGUCUUCUUUCACAGCAUGAAAGGUGUCAGAAUGCCAUUAACGAUCCACAAAACGACGAGUUUGAAAAGACACAAUGCGAUAAAGUGCUCGACGUAUUCACCAGAGCCACUAGAGUGGCCAAAAACCAGCAGGAUAGGGGUACUUGCUACAACGUCUACGAUUACAGAAAACAAGAUAGCUAUCCGGCAUGUGGAAGUAACUGGCCGGAGAUUCUACCGUCUACACAGAAUUAUUUAAACUUGGAACAAGUCCAUAAAUCACUCAACUUGAAGCACGAAAAGGAAUGGACAGAAUGUAACAACCGGGUUUCUUCACUUUUUUCGCCAAAGAAAUCCGCCAAAGCGUUUGAUUUACUCCCCAAUCUCCUUACGGAGGUUCCAGUGAUGCUUUUCAAUGGAGACAAGGACAUCAUAUGCAAUUAUAUGGGUACAGAGAUGAUGAUAGAGAAACUCGAUAUAGGAGGAGGCCAAAUGGGCUUUUCCAACGAAUCCGAGACUUGGGAUUGGACGUACAGCGGGAACUCUGUUGGUUCAGUGCGCAAUGAAAUGAACCUUACUUAUGUGAGAGUCUAUAACUCAUCACAUAUGGUUCCGUACGAUCUUCCUGAAGUAUCACUAGGACUUUUGGAUAUAAUGUACCAAGUGGUAGCUGGAAAUAGCUACCACGAGGGAGUUAUUGUGACACCAGUGCAUGGAGUAGACAUUGAGAACACGGCAGUUGAAUCAUCAGCCACCAGUCAUACGCUUUUGGAGGUGGGUAUAGUGAUAUUUGCAAUAGCGGAUAUCUACUUCAUCUACAUAUACUUUGCAGGACAGAGGCCACCUAAGUCAUCACUAAUAAAGUCAACGGGUUCAAAAAAGACCAAGAAGAAGAGAGUUCACUGGUCAGAUGGAUCGGAAGAAAGUACAAGAUCUUCCGAGGACUUUGCGGAUAAACCGGAUGAGAAUAGAAGUAUGUUAAGUAGUAUAUUGACAAGAUUAGGGUAUGGAGAAAGAAGAUAUGAGGAUUUAGAUGGAGACAUUGAAAUGGGAGAUAUUGAGGAAAUGGUUAGUGAUGAAGACGUCAAGUAA